CUCGCCGCCGGACGACACGCGCCGCGACACGACACACGCGACACGCGACACGCGACACGCGACACGCGACACGCGACACGCGACACGCACACGCCGCGGCGACGCCACGCGCGAAUACACGACCAGCGCACAACAUACGAGUCACAACUUUGUAUACUCGUAUACAGCUAAAUCCAGUGCGUCUCGUGAUGAUUAAAACUUCCUAAUGACACCUUUAUCAUGACGUGUAAUUUCAGAACUGUGCAAAGGAUCAUUUAGUACUUGUUUGUUGUAAUUGAAUAAAUAAAAAAAGUUGAAACAAAAUAAGAGUGUACAAGUUCAGUGAAAUAUGUGAUAAAUUAUGGAAACGAGUUAAUAGUGCAGCGGCGGUCCGUUGAAAGAUUUUGAUAAGAAGGUAGUCGGAGUGAUGAGGCGGCGCACCGAAGGCGAGUAGCGGCGGGGCAUGACCCGCGCAGUGGCGGCGGCGGCGGGGGCGCUGCUGGCGGCCCUCGCGGCCGGCUCCCUCGUGCACGCGCCCGACCACCGCGCCGAGCCCGCGCCCGGGGCUGCAGCCGCGCGCGACCUCUCGCCCCUGCAGAUACUCGACGUCGCCGCUGAAGUGCCGGAGGUGGCGGAGGUGCCGGCGUGGCGCGAGCUGUGGUACGGCUCGCUGGAGGGGCUGCACGUGGUGCGCGAGCCCACCAUCAACAACACGCAGGAGGACGUGCUGGCGCAGCUCGGCUCCCUCGCCUUCCUGCACUGCCCCGUGCGGAACCUCGGCGAGAGGGGGGUGUCGUGGGUCCGCCGCCGCGACUGGCACAUCAUCAGCUCGGGAGUGCUCAUGUACACCAACGAUGAACGAUUCCAGGUGCUACACAGCGAAGGCUCCGAUGACUGGAUAUUACAAAUUAAAUAUGUGCAGAAAAGAGACAACGGCACAUACGAGUGUCAGGUGUCGACGGCGUCGGGCACGCUGUCGCGGCUGGUGCACCUGCACAUCGCGGUGCCGGAGGCGUUCAUCCUGGGCGCCGACGAGCACCACGUCGACGCCGGCUCCACCAUCAACCUCGUCUGCAUCAUCGAGAAGAGUCCGGUGCCGCCGCAGUACGUGUUCUGGUACCACAACGCGCGCAUGAUCAACUACGACGCGUCGCGCGGCGUGACCGUGGUGACGGAGCCGGGGCCCAAGACGCAGUCCACGCUCGCCAUCCGCGCCGCCGCGCCCGCGCACUCCGGCAACUACACCUGCUGCGCCGCCAACACCGAGCCCGCGCACAUCUACGUUUACGUCUCCGAGGGCAGUGACAAGAUGGCGGCGACUUUGAGUCGCAACAUGAGCGGAACGCUGCGAGCUCACACCGCCGUCGUGUGGGCGUGCGCCCUCACCCUCGCGCUGGCGGCCGUCCGGAGUGCGCGCCCGCGCCGCCCCGCCGCCGCCGCGCUACUGCUGUGAAACUACCGCGACAUAGACAUUACUAACGAACUUUGUGAAAAUAAACAUUUUGGUGAAUUUAAACUUUAAACCUUACAGAUAGGUUUGAUAAUGACGCGUCAGGAGGACAUCGCUGCGACCGUAGUGUUUUUACUGCGUUCGAAUGUCCGUGCUCACGAGAAACGAGGUUGUAGGCGAUUGAUUAUUGUGUAUGAUGUUUUAGUUUAAUCUAAAUAGUGUGCCAUCUUUCGAUUGACGUUUAAAAUGUAACAACGUCCGAUUUGAUUUGACGAAAACUGAUACGAAUGUAUAUAUUAUGAUUACUGUUAAUCUUACACAUUAACCGAUUGCAGUAUUACUCGAUUGAAUAAAAUUUAAUUUCGUGUUAUCGUUUAAAUGUUUGGAUCUGUCCAUUGAAUGGAUAUAAAUUGUAUAUACGUACGUAUCGUAAAAAGACCGGUUCUCCUCAAAGAAAAUUUAAUGUUUGUGUAAAUAUUAAGAUUCUUAAGAUGUAACAAUGGAAAUAGUUAAAAUGAAAUAAUCUCAAAUUUGAAAUAAAAUUUAAUUCGACAUUGUCGACGUGGGUCGGUGUAAUACGGGGCGCGGACUCUACUCAUCACAGUCACGGUAAUAUUAUCUAUACAGUAUUGUGACUCCGCCCUGUCCUUGAAAAUAAAUGCCUACGGCCGAGCGCUGCUUUAGCACGCGGUAGGGCCGCCCGCCUUCAGUAUUUUAUGUAGUUUUGUUUUUAACGCGAAUAUAGGUAGAUUACUCGUUUGUCUCUUUUUUCAUCCUAACCACUUAUUUAUAUAUUAUUCCAGAUAUUUUGCCCGAUGGAAAAACCGAAAUACCUAAAUAUUAGAAACAAAUUACAUACUAGUAGAUAGGUAUAUAAAAAGUAUUCUAUAAAGGUAAGACACCUUUCCAAUAUUUCAGGUAAUUUAAAAAAUUAUAUCUCUGGGUGUGUUAUUGAAGAGUUCAAGCAACCAUAAACAGCAAUUGUGCUGUUGUACGAUAUUGAUCGUCGUUUGUUCUUUUCCAUACUAAAUUAUGUAGGUAUCUACUUAACUAAAUCAAAUAUUUACAAUACAAAACGCACGUUUAAGCACGGCUAACUGCAUAAAAAACAAUUCACACCGUUCGGUCGUCGUUGCGGCGCGGCGGCGCAUUCGCGACUGGGUGCCCGCCGAGAGCCCUUCGAACUCGAGUGGCGUAGGUAUGACUCGCUUUCCGACCGUUUGUAUGAAGAUAGAAUACU